CACAGUUUUUAUUAUUAAAGAAACCGAGCGAUCAUGCAGCACGAAUUGAAGUAUUUGUCAGGAUUUGGCUGUGAAUUUUCAAGCGAGGACGAACGGUGUCCUGGAUCUUUACCCCAUGGGCAAAACAAUCCACAAAAAUGUCCUUACGGACUUUAUGCCGAACAACUUUCUGGUACAGCUUUUACAGCACCACGCUCGCAAAAUAAAAGAUCUUGGCUUUAUCGAAUCAGACCGUCCGUCGUUCACGAACCAUUUAAAAAAUUAACAGAAAAGGAUGUUGGUCAUCUCGAUUACGAUUGGAAUGCUAUAGAACCUGAUCCAAAUCAAUUGAGAUGGAAACCAUUCGAUUUACCAACAAGACAAGAUCCUCAAAUUGAUUUCGUUCAAGGUAUUCAUACGAUUUGUGGGGGUGGCGAUUGUCACGUUCGUCAAGGAAUUGCAAUACACGUUUAUCUCUGCAACGCAUCGAUGAAAGAUAAAGCUUUUUAUAACGCCGAUGGUGAUUUUUUAAUUGUACCACAGUUAGGUGUCCUGUUGAUAACCACUGAAUUCGGCAAAAUCCGAUGCGAAACCAAUGAAAUAUGUGUUAUUCAGCAAGGAAUGCGUUUCUCCGUAACGGUUCUUGGUCCAUCAAGAGGUUACAUUCUCGAGGUCUUCGAUAAUCAUUUCCAACUUCCAGAUUUGGGACCAAUCGGUGCCAAUGGUUUAGCCAGUCCAAGAGAUUUUCAAACCCCGGUUGCUUGCUUCGAAGAUCGUGAAACUGAUUACAAAAUAAUUGCCAAGUUUCAAGGUAAAUUAUUUCUCAGCGUUCAAGAUCAUAGUCCAUUCGAUGUCGUUGCUUGGCAUGGGAAUUAUGUACCAUAUAAGUACGACCUUGAAAGAUUUAUGGUCAUCAACUCGGUUUCUUUCGAUCACUGUGAUCCCUCGAUUUUCACCGUACUUACUUGUCCUUCGAAUAAACCUGGCACUGCUGCUGCCGACUUUGUCAUUUUUCCACCCAGGUGGUCGGUUCAGGAACACACCUUUCGACCUCCUUACUAUCAUCGUAAUUGCAUGGCCGAAUUUAUGGGACUGAUAAAAGGAAGUUACGAGGCAAAAGAGGAAAGUUUCCAAGCUGGUGGAGCGUCCUUGCACUCGAUAAUGACACCUCACGGUCCUGAUACUCGAUGUUUCGAAAGUGCUACGAACAGUAAACUCAUCCCCGAACGUAUUGCUGAUGGUACUCAGGCAUUUAUGUUUGAAACUUCUUAUAGUAUGACUUGCACGAAAUGGUCUGCUAAACUAUGUAAUAAAUUGGAUGAGGAUUAUUACAAGUGUUGGAAAGGAUUGAAGAAACGUUUUAAUUUUAACGAUCAAUCUUCAUCUCAGAUCUAAUCAAAAUACUUUUUUUUUUCCUUUUAUUAUUAUUAUUAUUAUUAUUAUUAUUAUUAUUAUUCUCGAAAAAGAAUUUUAUGCAGUUUUAAUUACUAAUUAAAAUAGUCAUUAAUAUAUACUCAAUUACUUAGAUUUUUUUAUCACAUGAGGCAUAUAAAAGGCCUAAAGAAUUAGAU